ACAUGGAGUCGGGUUCCUAGUCUCUGGUGAGUGUAUCUGUACCGUAAAGAAUUACACUGGAAAGUAAGGCACUUUUUGGCAUGAUCUCUUGUGUGCCAAGUAAAAUGGAUAUGUUAGUGUGAAUUACAAAAAAAUUGAGUCAUAAAGAACAGUAUUUGGUAUAAGGAAUUAAGUACAGAAGGUAAAGGCAGGGCCACAUUUGCUUAUCAAAAUGUAAUAGCAAGGCUGAGUCCAGCAAUGCCAAUGGUCUCUACUGUGUACCCCAGCAAUGGCAGACCAAUUUCCAUCAUGUAUAUUUUGAUAAGUUAAAAGCUUUCUGGCUUUCCUAGCAAUUUAUCAUCAAAUAAGGAAACACUCCCAGCUCUAUCUUGCCUAUUAUAUAUACGAAAGGUUUACCUCCCUUUGCCAAAAUGCAAGGUGUAGAAGCCACAAUGUUUUUUUUCAUUUGGACCUAUGCUGAAUAAUUACCAGAUAUACAUAAUUUUCAAUUUGACAUACACUGAUGUUAAAUUAAUUGCAUUAUAGUAACAUACAUUUAUGUAAUAUCCUGCUUUUGUAUGCCAAAAAGAAAUCAUAGUUUCACAUUCUGCUUCUCCCUUCCUCCUGUGACCAGUUUACAGAAUAUAACAUGUAUUGAUUAGUUAUCUGUUGUGCAAGAGAUAAAUUUGUGGUAUGCAGUUAUGCACCAGUUUUAGUAGGAAAAUAUCUCUGGGUAUUAUUAAUGAAAGCUGUACAUAUAUUCUAGUCACUAAAGUUUUAGUAUUCAUAAUCAUCAAAUUGCCUUUUCUUUACCACUACAUAUGUCUUGGUCACUGUAACUUGUAAAUGAACUAAUAAUAAAGCUAUAUUUCAGUACAAUUAGCUUAAUAAUGAAGACUAAUAAAAAGAAAAAAACUAAUCUAAGGCUGUAACACAUGACUUAUUGCAGUUUUAAAUUAUAUUCUAGGAAAUGGCAAAUGCCUAAUACUAUAUAAUGUCCUGUACUAAUACUAUCUAAUGUCCUGUAAAAAGAAGAAUACCAAAUUUUGAAUGGUCUCGGGGAAAUUCACAAUGUGCAAUACAUUAUUCCUCUGAUUGGGCUCAAGAUUUUCAUUAAGUACAGAUAGUCCCCUACUUAAGAACAUUCUACUUACGCACAUUCCGUACAUACAAACUUUUUUUUUUUAAAUACUUAAGUCCAAAAAAUUCUUUGAAAGAUGCUAGCAAACUUCAAAUUUCUCGGGCGCGAAUAUAGUUCACAAGUCUGCCACGCCGUGGCACUGCCACGCUCACUCAGCUGUGUGCAUCACUCGCCUGCCCUCCCGCCAUAAAUACACAAAAGCAUCUCUUCACUGUGUCCUCAUGUACUGCCAAUUUUUGUGCCAUAAUUCGCUUUACCUGUGCAUCAAUCCAUCAAAAAUGUCAGUUGUGAAGUGCCAAGAAACGUCAGGCUAUAACUUCAUCGAUCUUAUGAUCGGUUCCCAGCCAGUCACCACUACAAUAUAUUUCCUUUUUAAAUAAAUUAUGUUUCUACAUUAAAAUUGUAUGAAUCAACAUCAAAUAAUAUUAAAAGCAUUACAUAUUACAGGUACUGUAUAAGGUAUUUCGUACUUAUUAGGAUUUAUUUACAGGUAUUCUUAAUGUAAACAAAACUUUAAAACAAUGGGAAAAAAGGCAAUGGAGACCCGACUUUUGACAUACAGUCAAAUCAACUUCCAAACAGCCUCUUGGUCCCCAUUAUGUCCAUAAGUUAGGGACUUACUGUAUAGUUUAUUUACAUUGCCAAUUUGUAUCUUUAUAAUUCUUUUAUGGUUUCAUCUAUUUUACCUCAUCAUUUUAAUAAUGAAGAUGGUAUUUCUAUAUGGCAGUGAUAUAAACACACACAACCUUCAACUGUUUGCCAUGUCUUUAAACAUUCAGCUCACGUGCAAUUGUGCAACAUCCUGUACAACAGCAUGACAGGACAAAGGCCAUCCUGGGUACCAAUGAGUCCGGAGACAGUAUAUGUACGAAUAGUCUGUACUCACUGGCUGUUCAUGUGCCCUGUGAUUUCCCUUCCUUUUAGAACUUACUGAAAUUGAGAUAUAGUGUAAGCAAAGAUCAAUGUGUGAAAAUGUGAUUCAUAGUGUGUUGUAUAUCCACAGCACAGCUGAUUGCGAGCACACGAGGCUGUGAGCCAGUCGGCAGGUACAGUAUCUUAGGACGAAACACCUCCACGCAGGCAACAUGACAGAACACUUCUUGGACGUGGAGCAUACUGCUGGUCCAUCAUCCCACAGACUGUUGAUGCCUCACUCGUCAAUAGCUGGGAGUGUCUCGGGCCUGUCGGUCACCUCUCGGACAUCGAGGGUCUCUCAUGCCACGACAAUCCGUUCCGUGGCAACACUAACUGACACUCUGAAGACAAAGACCGGCUUGUCCAUCCCCAUUCUGCCCGAUGCCAUUUUCACCAACGUACAGCGUGGUUCCGUCCUAGCGGCAACUUAUUCUAUUAUUCAAGGGCUAUUUGCAAUUGUUACCGGAUGCUUUGAUAUCUAUUCUUUGUCACUUGCUGCCCCAGGUUCCAGCCAUUAUGGAUUCUACUUGUUUUCUUACGAUUUUGUAUAUUCUGGAAAUCCACAUGUCCGUAAUUCCCUGAUGCUGUUUGGAGGCAUUACAGCCAUUGGAGGAGUCUGCCUGAUUGUUUCCAGUGUUGCACUUCUACAAGGCUUGAGAAAGGAGAUUGAAUUCCGCAUGGAGCCCUGGAUUUGGUGUAUGGCCCUCUUCACUGCCUGGCGUAUUCUGAUCACCAUUUAUUCAUCAAUCGUCAAUGACAUGGUGUUUGCCUAUCACGUAGUGAUGUGUCUGCUCUGGCUUCUGUUCAUCGGAGGCAACAUAUUUGCAUGGUUGGUGGUUCACUCCUUCUACCAUGAGCUGUGUGAGGUUACAAGGCUUGAAGAUGUUGCCAGGGUGAAGAUGGACACAAUGAGCACGAUGGGCUUCAGUUCCCGUCCCACCACUCCUGGCGCACGUUCCACCAUUUCCACGCAGUUAGACUAUAGAGUGUAGAGUGUAGUGUUUAGGCUAAGGAGAAAAUGUGAAAUGAUGUGUAAAUGAUGCAGAGAACUGUUCGUGUAGCUUAAAUUGAGGAAGGGAAAUUACCCAUGGGAAAUUUUUAUUUUAUUUAUUCAUUCAAUAAUGAUGAUAUUUUUAUAUAUAUUUUUUUACACAUGCUAUGAAGUAUUCAUUGCAGAUCAAAAUUUGCAGAUUUUUAGCUAAGUAAUAGUUUAGGAAAUUAGAUUAUUUUGUUAGAUAUUUUUUAAUGAGCACAUUCCAUGUUUUCUUUGCAAUAGGAGGUAGAUUAAAAUAGUGUAUAUGUAAAAAAAAUAGUAGUAGUCAUGUUAUUUUCAUUAUAACAUUUCCAGUAAUCGAUAUUAUAUCUGGUCAAGUGAUUCUGUGAGAUCCACCUUAAGAUUUAUUUUUAUUAUUUUUUUCUCAUGCUGGUUCAAAAGUAAGUCCUUUUAUGGAACAUAUGAUCUGCACGAGUUUGUCAUCAGUAUCUUUAUUUUUUACUUAUUAUUAUUAUUUUUUUAACUGAAUUUAUUUAUUCUAUAUAAAUAUUGUCAACAAAAGUUAUAAUCCUCAUGAACUUUCAGAUGGAGACAAUGAGCUCAUUUACUGCCUCACGACCCACCACACCAGGGGCAAGGUCUGAAGUGUCAUCCAAGAUGGUUGCAUAAAUUCCAUGAUACAUGAGCAGUUGAGCUUUUAGUGUUUUAUAAUUAUUUCAAAGUUACACUGGGAUAUGAUGCAUUUUAUGGUUAUGCCUUGUGUAGAAGGCUAAAGGAUAAUAUUAUUCAAUCUUGUAGGAUUGUGAUGCAGAUUUUUCCUUUUUUUUAUAUGUAUUCAGUGAUUUGGAUUUUAUUAAAAUCUAAAUGAUUCUUCUGUAGUACUAGCUAUUUUACUUACAUGUUCUUGUGGAUUUGUAUUUGUAAAGUAACUGACUGUGCAUGGGCCUGCACAAAAUACUUAAGGGAAAUAUGAAGCCAGGUAAUUUAUACCUUGUUCAGUUGCAAUAUACGUGUCUUUUAACCUUUUUGAUAUAUAUGUAUAUAUAUAUUUUUUAUAUAUAUAAAAAUUCUGAAUUUUUUGUAUAUGCCAAAGUGAACAUGUAACAGCUAGUGAUCCAAACCCAAUAUAAUUAUGUAAGCAGUUGCAUUCAUAACUUUCUUAAGGUUUACCAAAGAUAAAACUUCAUGGAUAUAUUAUUGGGAAUCUCAUAUCUGUAGUAAAAAGAAAUUACACAUAUAUAAAUACAAGAUGAAGGUUUACCUCUAUUGCUGACUACUAUGGUUUUCCUUGCUGUGUAUAUCAGCUGCCAGGUUAGUGCUCUCAACAUACUGUUACUGAUGAGUGUAUAGAUGAAAAUUAUAUGAAGUCUACACAUGUAAACAUGGAUAUUUAAGGCUGCUAAAGGUAUACCUGUGUGUGUGAUUGGAAAUGUUUGGUUUCUUGAAAAUUCAUUUUUAUGUAUGUGUACUGCAUUUACAGAUAUCAUUAUCUAAAUCGGUAAUGUAUGUUUUAGAUAAAUAGUAUGGAAUAACCUCAGUUACAAUUUGCUUUUUUUUUAAAGAAUGAAUUAGAUUUAUAUAUUUAUUAUUAUUAUUAUUAUUAUUAUUAUUAUUUUAUUUAUUUUUUUUUAUUUAUUUUUAUAAGGUCUCGAGUGAGUGUAAAUGAGCAGUGCAUUCACUGUACAUAGCUGAGUUCCCUGCUUUACCCACAAAAGACACAGACUUGGCUAUGGCUGCAAUAAGCACGAAGGCUGUAAUGGAUGACCAAACCCCCUAUUACAGGUCUUUAUAGAGUUAGUAGCAUCAGUAACAGUGGUAACUUUCUUGUGGCCUGAGGUGGGUGUGAAUGAAGACUGUCUCUGUAGAAGGUCCAUGUGUUACCACUGAGAUGGUUAUUACUUUGUUUAAAGUAUUUUAUUCAGUACUCUUCUUUGUUAUGGUUAAAUAGUUUGUAUCAAAAAUGUUUAUGAUCAAUGAGCUGUAUUUUUUUUUGUUUUAAAUGUAGCAUUUACCUGAUAUCGGUAAAAAGCACAAAGGAAAUGUGUAUAUUUGGUAGCAAAAGUUUCAUGUUAUUUUUCAUAUAUUUGCUAACAUACCUUUCAUACAUAGGAAUAUGAACAGUACAUAUUAACUACAAAACUAAGUUUGCAUCUCAUAAUAAAUUGCUGUAAUUUCCAGUAAGUAAUAAUUCCACCUCUUUAUGAAAUUUAGUGUUUUUAAUUUCAUUCUCUGUGAAGAAGAAAAUAGUAAAGGCAAUUUGGUUUCUGAGUUAGCUAAAUUUAUUAUGACUAUAUGGCCUGUAUUUUUCAUUUUUUAAUGUGGUCAUGGAUACUUUUGCAUAAAAAGGUUGAAUUGAAAAACACUUGGAACUAUUAAGGAAUUUACUUGUUUGAUAAUAUAUAGAUAUGGUCAAGCAUUUAUAUUUGUAAGAGAAAACAAACUUAUGAUCUGUACCUCUUGAAAACUGAUCCGUCCAAUUGAUCAAUGGAAUAAACAAAACACUGAAAUAUAUUUUUGUAUAUAUGUGUAAUAAAUAUUUGAAAGUGUUA